AUGGCGGGGGUAGGUUUUACCGAAGUUACGGCUUCAACGUCGAUGCUCGACGAAAUCUCAAUCCGUCCAUUUUCAACAAUAUCUCGCCGAACGACAUUUCCAACGAAACCACCCGCAUCCAAAUCGUCACUACCAGCGCCGUCAGCAACCCGCAAAUCACUCUUCCAAUGUUUCGAAGAAGCCCGUCAAACCUUUGAAAAGAAGAUAGUAGAACCUUUGACGAAAAGUGAUCCAAAACGUUUAUCCAGCAUUCAAGAAUUUCUUAAGGGGAUAAAACUCGAUGAAUUGGGGAGGGUAUGUCGGGAUUUAAGUGAGCUGGCCGAGGAUAAGGCGAAUAAUAAGGCGUCGAAGUUGUUGGUUACAUUGGAUCAGUUCAAGGGAGCUGGGGAUGUGCUACUGCAGUUUGCGCCGGAGAGUGUGUCCAUCGUGUGGUUUGGGAUCAGUUCUUUGAUUACUAUUGGAAGUGCAAAAGUCCAAACAAGGCUUAUGAUAUGUGGGGCCUGCGACAGUAUUGCCAAUAUUGUGGCGGAUUGCAUCAGAUGGGAAUCGAUGGCAGCGUUGAUGGUUAACGAAGACCAGAAUCUCGAUGAUAUCUGGGAAUCCGAUGUCCCCCAUCUUAUCUUCUUGAUUUUGGAGUUCCUUUGGUCCGCAAAACCUCACUUUGACCAAAGCCGGGUCAAACGCAUUGCAAGUAAUCUGAAGGAAGUUUUCAAUAAGGAGCUACAAGAGAGAGUUACGACGGUUCUUGAUAAAUAUGAAGCUUUGGUGAAAGCUUUACAGGGUCAAUUCCAGGGGUCGAUGCUCGAAAGCAGCUUUAAAACUGGAGAAAUAAUUCGUCAAAUCCGAGAGAAUCUUCAAAGCUAUGUCUCAAUUGGAGUUAACCUUAUGUCUAGCCUUCAAAAAAAAGCACUUCUCGAUGAGCUCGACCGACAACAGGCAAAACUAGAGCACCCUGCUUCCUACAAACUCCACUUCUCAUCUCUCAACGAUCGAUUAACUAGAAUUAUUCACGACCGAAACGGUAGACUAGCGGCAAGCUGGUUGUUUAGUGAGGAUGAAUACUGCGACUGGAAAAUAUUCCACCCUAAUUCGAGUACCGAGGGUGUGAAUUUCCUGUGCCUUAGAGGUCCUCGUGGUCAUGGAAAAUCCGUGGCGAUGAUGAGCAUCCACAGGGAUAUCACAAAAUCUAUUCUACAAGGCACGUUCCCAGGUUCGGAGGUCGCAUUGAUAACUCGCGAUCUUCGGGAGCACGCUUCGAACCCGCCAUUGGUCUGUCACUUCUUUUUUAAAAAGGGUGAACAGGAUAUGGAACGAUCACGAUCAGCGCUCGAGUCUAUAUUGUAUCAAUUGUUAGGCAGUGACGAGAUUCGCAGAGACCUCAGCGUACUUACCGCCGCCAUCGGCAUUUUAAAUCCCGGGUUCUUAGAUGCUAGCUCAACUCAAUCGGCAGAAUCUCGAGGGACGGAUACUAGAAACGUUUCUGGGAAUUUCCAAGACAGUCUCAGAUCACUAUGCGAUGCAAUCAAAUUAAUUGCAGCGGUGAUUCCGGUUCCUGUCUAUUUGAUGAUAGAUGCACUCGAUGAAUGCAUAGACCGGAGGGAGCAGUGUUUCUUGGAGUAUCUGAAGUCUCUCGUUGAUAAGUCCAAUGUCGACGGCGAUAAUUCAAGAACUGCCGGCAGUAGCAAUACCGGCAUCAAGUCCGAGAACCUCAAGCUCGUAAUAUCCGCUAGAGAUAGCGUUGAUAUUGUUGGUGAACUCGUGGAUUCUAAGAAGAAGACCGAAAGCCCAAAUGCAGAAGAUGUUUUGAAGAAUCAGGGCAUCAAAAUCGUUGAUAUAACCCCAGAGAAGAAUUCUAACGAUCUCGAAGAGUAUCUGAGGUACGCAGUUGGAGAAGUACUUACCCGUCGUAUUGACCGAACGCAAUACGAAGCUUAUUACGACUCCCAGCUCUCACGGAUUGUCAAAAUAGUUCAUGAAAAGGCCAAUGGGGAUUUCACCUUAGCGAGAUUGAUUAUCGCCAAUCUUCAGCAACCAUCAAAGGAAAGUUUAGAGAAAAGGAUCAAAAGAUUACCGUCCGCAAUAGGCGAUAUAUACAGGGCUAGUUUAGAAUCCUUGACUGCGGAUGAACAAGAGUUUGUGGUAGCUGCUCUGAAAUGGGUAGUUUGGGGUGUUUGUGGGUUGAGCAUUCUUGAGAUAUCGGAUCAUUAUAAAGAGAUCUACAAAAAUUCCGGACACAGUGACAGCAAACCCUCUCCGGAUGUAGGAGGAAGCGAAACCGAAUCAAUCCCAGAGCCUUACUACGAAAGUCCUUAUGAUAACCCAGAAGUAAAAGAUACUAUUUACCACAUUGAAAAUGCGGGCCGCGAUUUCUUCAAAUAUGAUCGGAAUACCGGGGUGGUCAACGUUGAUAUAUCGAUCAGGGAAUGGAUACAACAAGAUGUUUCAGAUUCCGAUCCCUUGGCUGAGGAUUCCCGCGGAUUCAAUAAGUUUCGUGAUAAUCGUGGGAACACGGUUUUUCAAUUUACUUUAGCUCCUUCGAUGUUUUUCCACCCCUCAGCAUCAUUUGUGCGUUAUGGUGACACCCUAUCGCAAUUGUUCAACAAGAAAGAGGCACACAUGUCUAUUGCGCUCGAUAUAUUUCGCACUUUAAAUAACGAAGAGUUCCAAAAUAAAUAUAUGCCUUGGAGGCCAAAUUGGGUCGAAGAUAUUGACCUUGUUUUUCAAGAUCGCAAAACACUACUCAGAUACGAGAUUGAACACUGGCAUGACCAUAUCCUGGCAUUACAGGAGUGGUGGACUGAGGAUAGUGUCGAUAGUAGCUGGUGGGCGGAGCUUCUAAACCAAAUUUCAAUAUUCACACGUCCGGAAAAUUGGUACAGAUGGAAUAUUCAGCGCAUUCAUCUUGAUACCGAUGAAGCACUCCUAGUGUCUAAGGAUGUGGGCAUCCACGUACCUGUCAGAGAUUGUGGGAACCUGGAAUUCCUCUUGCGGGUCUUCGAAGAGCCAAUACAAUAUGCCUGCAAGAUGGGGUUAUAUCUCUUGGUUGAUGCCCUCGCUCAGCAGGCCAAAACUUCGGUACAAUCGAGCGAACGUGAGAAGGAGGAUUCCAAGAUGGUUCAAAGUUGCCAAGUCGAAACAGUUAGAACUGUGAGAGUCCAGGCACUUAUAAAUGAUAUCAGAACUGAGAGAUCGUAUUGGACAUCUCUAGAUGCACCAAGUGUGCCGUCCAUACGCGUCGGGCAAGGGUUGUUUAUAUGGCUCAAACAUCACAUCGCAUUAAGCCAGUUGGUAGAAGAUAUGGGUGGAGAGGAAAUUUUGGAACGUCUAGGACGCCCAGAUCUAGAUAAUGGGGCGAGCCCCAAAUUGCUUUCUGUGAUUGUCGAACAACUAACCAAGAACGCAUUCGACCUGGACAACCAGGGAAUAAUUGGUUUAGUACAGGAAACAGCUGGUUUACAAAGUCCGCAAAGUCCCCGUGGAAUUCUCUGUAACAGGGGUGAUAUCUUGGGAAGAUCCCCGCUAUGUUUGGCAAGCUCAAACCCAGUGAUCAUCAGACGUCUCCUCGGAUACGGCGCAAAUAUCAAUGGCAGCAGCAUUCUCGGCCUGGGGCACAAAUUUUCACCGUUAAAAUCCAUCCUCGAAGAAGCAGCCCAUCCACGUUCUGAAAUGACCAAAACAAGGCUUUUGAAGUCAGCGGAGAUAUUGAUUUUGGAAGGCGCAGAUUUGAAACUAGGAGAAGACUCGGAAAGAACUACGACAUGCCUUCAUCUAGCUGCCUCCUUGAAUGAACUCAAAUUAUUCAAAUUGCUUUGUGUUUCCGGGGAUUGGGAUGUGCAUGCGCGGGAUAAGUUUGGAAAAACGCCAUUGCAUUGUCUCCUCGAUGCCCAAGGCCUAGUAGCCCGGAAAAAGUAA